CAAACUCUCAAUAUGAGACAAAAGAGGGCGCCUCGAACUGAAGUCAUUGAGAGAGAUUAUUUUCCAGUACGGGAAAGUUGUAAAUAGUUUUCAAUAAAAAUUCGAGUCAUCGCUAAUAUCAAAUGUGUAUCAUAAAUAAAAAGUGAUUACACGUUUAGUAAGUGAGUGCCGAAAGUGAUGGAGAACCAUUAAGUGUGUGCCUUAUAAAACAAAAAGCUAUCUUCACAUACUUUACCCCAACGCCAUUUUGAGGCGAAAUUUUGUAUUGUAAGUGCCAAGUAUUUCGCAAUAUUCUCUUUUCUAACCCUCGUUAAGGGUAUUAUCGGCUGAUAUUUUUAUGAAUGAAUGUGAAAGGAGUUCGUGGCAGUAUCUGCCCUUUUCGAAGUGCAUCAGUAUUGGGUUGAGAUCGUGGAUGCUCUGAGAUAGCGGGUGCGGAGGAUGGCCCGAGGCAGUAGAAUUGUUCUAAUUAACUGACGGACACCGCCGGCUCUCAGCUGGCACAAAUAAAAAUGCCACGUCCGGGCAGUCUGAAGGACCCUGACAUAGCAGAAUUGUUCAGCAAACAUGACCCCGAGAAGAUCUUUGAAGAUUUACGUGAAAUUGGCCAUGGAUCCUUUGGAGCGGUGUACUAUGCGAGGUGUAAUCUCACCAAAGAGAUUGUUGCAAUUAAAAAGAUGUCCUACCUUGGAAAGCAAAGUGAAGAAAAAUGGCAGGACAUCCUAAAAGAAAUCAAAUUUUUAAAACAGUUGGAACAUCCUAACACCAUAGAAUAUAAGGGAUGCUACAAAAGAGAGCAUACAGCAUGGCUUGUUAUGGAGUACUGCGUUGGCUCAGCCUCAGAUAUUAUUGAGGUCCAUAAACGGCCAUUACGCGAGGAAGAAAUAGCAGCUAUUUGCGAGGGUGUCGUGUGCGGAUUGUCGUAUUUGCACAGUCUGGGUCGCAUUCAUCGUGAUAUCAAGGCGGGUAACAUUCUACUCACCGAGAAUGGCACGGUGAAACUGGCGGACUUCGGUAGUGCGAGUAUAAAGUGUCCGGCGAACAGCUUCGUGGGCACGCCGUACUGGAUGGCGCCGGAGGUGAUCCUCGCGAUGGAUGAAGGCCAGUACGAUGGAAAGGUGGAUGUUUGGUCACUCGGUAUAACGUGCAUCGAACUGGCGGAGAGGAAACCUCCCUAUUUCAACAUGAAUGCUAUGUCUGCUCUCUAUCACAUCGCGCAAAACGAUUCACCUACAUUACAGGCGCCAGAAUGGACGGAUACAUUUCGAUAUUUCGUUGAGGCAUGUAUGCAGAAGAAUCCCCAAGACCGGCCGUCGUCGACCAAGCUGCUGUCUCACCCGUACAUCACGCGGCCGCGCUCGCCCAACGUGCUCGUGGACCUCAUACAGCGCACCAAGGCGGCCGUGAGGGACUUGGAUAAUCUCAACUACAGGAAAAUGAAGAAGAUUCUCAUGGUUGACGCUGACAAUGAGAGUGCUAUUGGUGACAGUGAAGAGACGGCAGAGGAGCGUUCCGGCGGCGACAGCUCCAAGUCCAACUCGGCCACGUCGGAGCACAGCGCGGCGGGCGCGUCCAGCCAGAGCUCGUCGUCCGGCAGUUUGCGGAGGCGGCCGCAUCCCUUGAAUGCAAACCACCAAAAUCAGCAACAGCCGCAAUACCAGCAAUACAACCACCAACCAGCUCACUCCGCCAGAGCUCGCAAGCGUUGGCUUUACUUAUGUUGCUGUUUCAUACGCAGAGAGAGCGAGAGUCCCGUCCCGGGCUCGCACGACGACUACGUCAAUAGGGAAGUGCUUCGGGAUUACGCUAACAGGGAUUCCUUGUGCGAUGACUAUGGGGACGAUUACGCGAACAGGGAGGCCAUCAGAGAGGCCCAGAGGGAAAGAGAGAGGGAGAAACAGGCCAAUGAGUAUAGGGAAUAUGUGAACGCACCUUCGACCUGGCAGCAAGACAGCGGCGACGAUAACAGGAACACUCAGCGCCGGCAGUCGCAUAGAGGUGUCAGCAAUAACGUUUCGGCUGCGAUAUCUCUGGUAUCAGAGCAUGGCGCGAAUAACUUUGCCACGAUACGAACAACCAGUAUCGUGACCAAACAACAGAAAGAGCACAAUCAGGAGAUGCACGAGCAGAUGUCAGGCUACAAGCGCAUGCGGCGCGAACACCAGGCGGCGCUGCUGAAGCUGGAGGAGCGCUGCAAGGCCGACGUGGAGGCGCACAAGGCGCAGCUCGACCGCGAGUACGACUCGUUGCUGCAGCAGCUCUGCAGGGAGCUGGAGCGCCUGCAGACGAAACAUGCUCAAGAACUUGAGCGAAAAUCGAAGCAAAAUACAGCUGCAGAAAAGAAACUCAUUAAAGAUAUCACAGCACGUCAAGAACAAGAGCGGAAAGCCUUCGAAACGCAACGCAAGCGCGAGUACAAGGCUAACAAGGAGAGAUGGAAAAAGGAACUCAGUAUGGAUGACGCCACGCCUAAGAGGCAGAGGGAUGCUACGUUACAGUCCCAGAAGGAUAACCUGAAGCAGGCGGAGGCGGCAGAGGAGGCGCGACUGGUGCGGUCGCAGCGCGAAUACCUCGAGCUCGAGCUGCGUCGCUUCCGGCGUCGCCGCAUGCUGGCGCUGCACCACAAGGAGCAGGAGCUGCUCAGAGAGGAACUAAACAAGCGACAAACGCAACUUGAGCAGGCACAUGCGAUGUUGUUACGUCAUCAUGAAAAGACACAAGAGUUAGAGUACAGGCAGCAGAAGGGCGUGCAUGCACUGAGGGAGGAACAACUGGCGAACCAGCAUGCGACGGAGUUGGCCAAUCAACGCGACUACAUGCAGCGCGCCGAACACGAGUUGCGUAAGAAACAUGCACUUCAGUUGAAACAGCAACCUAAGAGUUUGAAGCAAAAAGAGAUGCAGAUACGCAAGCAGUUCCGUGAGACAUGCAAGAUUCAGACACGCCAGUACAAAGCGCUCAAAGCGCAGAUAUUGCAGAUGACACCUAAGGAGCAACAAAAAGAAGUAAUCAAAUCGCUUAAAGAUGAAAAACGUCGCAAGCUUGUGCUUCUUGGAGAACAGUAUGAUCAGAGCAUCAGUGAGAUGCUGCAGAAACAGACUGUACGCCUCGAUGAAAGCCAGAUGAUGGAGUGCCAGCAGCUCAAAAUGCAGCUCGGACAUGAGCUGGAUAUGUUGACAGCAUAUCAGAGCAAGAGCAAGAUGCAGGCGGAGGCGCAGCGCAACCGCGAGCGGCGCGAGCUGGAGGAGCGCGUCGCCGUGCGCCGCGCGCUGCUCGAGCAGAAGAUGGAGUCUGAGUGCGCGCAGUUCGUAGCGGAGCGUGCCGAGCGUACUCGCAUGUUGCACGAGCGCCAUGAGCGUGAGCUCGAACAUUUCGACAACGAAAGCGCGCGUCUCGGUUUCAGCGCAAUGGCGAUUGCGGAAGGCAGCCGGGAGGGUUACGGUGAAGAGGAACAAUCAUUGUCCGGCUCCAUGCUGUCACUCGCGCACAGCAACUCCUCCGCGAGCUUCCCCGCCGGAUCGCUGUAACACACAUAUACACACACAGACAUACCGCUCAACAUACGAUCGCACCCCGAUCUCCUCUCAUACCCACCACAUACGCUUACACAUUUUCCAGUUAGCGCUGUCGCUAGUAGUGGCUGUAGGUUUUGACACUUGUCAAAGAAAGUAUUAUAAAAUAAAUAUAUAGCUUUAUUCGUAGAUUUUCCGCAAUCCCUUUAGGAAUCUGCGUAUAGUAUUAAUGUGGAUCACCUUUUCAGUGGUUUUAAAAUGCAUAAUUUGUUUUAUACUAUUUUUAGGACGUACAAACAGUACUCCUAUAAAAAGGUAAGGUAUAAAAAUAAUAAGCAAAAACGAAUUGUAUUUUUUUUACAUUGGCGAUCUUACAAAUUAGAUGAGGUUUUAAUAUGUAAUAGUUCAAAUGCUUUCAUAAAUUUUAAAAUAUAAUAUAUAUUCUAGCUGAGGGUGUUUUGAUAAAACAUGUAUAAACAAGAAGUCGAUCUGUACCAUAUUUUGUAAAUACAAUAUACGAUGUAGAUACAAGUGUUGACAUCUUCAUUAUUUUAUCGCUCAAAUAAAUUUAUUUACAAAGGCACAAUGUUAAUAACUGAAUCUGUGACCUGUAUUUAAUUUUCAAGGUUUUAAUAAAAGGAACAUAAAAAGUAACCAAAUGAGAUUCAGAUAUUUUAACAGACAUUAAAAAAUCUUACUAAAUAAGGAAAAGUCAAAGUAUAUUUUAAAACACUUAGCGACAGCGCAUCAUUCAUAUUAUACAUUUUUUUUAUAACUGAGACUGUCCUGCCCUCCCGUUUGUCAACUUUCCCAUUUCAUUCGAAGGAAUAUAGCGACGCGCAAUAUAAAAUAUUAUUUAUUUGUAAAGUAAUUAUUAAUUCAUCAUUCGAAUUUAUUCUUACAAUAACUAUCACAAAUUGAAGAAAAAAAAGCAAGGACGAUAUUUUCACAUAAUUGUGAAUAACAUAGUUAAGUAGAGCAUAGUAACAGAAAUAUGUUGCUUAUUUUUUUUUUGUUAUUUUUAAGUUAAGUCUUCCAAAAAAUACGACAGUAUUUGAAUUAGCCAAUAUAUAGGGUCCGGGAGGGCGUUUCCUAUACUAUUAAAAUAUUAAGUUUAUAGCACUCCAAAUUAAUUAAUUCUCUAAAUGAAAGCAUUUGUAUGUUUCUAACACUAGAUUAUUUUAAAUUUAAUAUUAUAGCUAAAAUAAACAAUUUAUCUAAUUCGUCACUUCCUCCGAUAUGUAUAUAUAUUGGCCAACAAUAUUUGAUAUAUUUAAGCUACACUGCAUUUAACUGCACUGUGUCGAAAUACAAUAUGAAAGAUAACUUAUUGCCGUUCAAGACCACUUAGUAUUAGAAACAUAUUUGUGCAGGAAUAAAUGAUAAUUGUAUGUUAAUAAAGUUUAUUCGCGAUGUGUACCGAGAGCGUGUUAAUUGAUAACAGUGACGUAAGAAGAAUGAGCCGCUUAUUAGAAGUUCUACUCUGAAUUAUACUUGGCUCUGUUGGUUUAAUUGACAUAAUAUGGUUAAGUAUGAAAGUGAUUCCAUAUAUUCCAUAAACUUCCCGUUUACUUGAUGGAUAAUAUGAUCGUUAAUACAGUUGUCUGUUGUUGUACCGUUUUGAAAAAAUAAUGUUCGCUUGUGUAAUUCAAUAUUGAUAGCACCAUAUAUUAAUGGUUAUGCAUGCAAUAUAAAAAUAAAUAAAUUCAUAACGAUUUGGCCGUCCAACCACGUGUGUACCAUUCAAUAAAACAACAGAGCGAAGCCCAAGUAGGAGUCAUGAUUAAAACUAUAAAUCUAGUACUCUUGAUCUAUUCUUGUAUAAUAUUUAGUCUAUCAUAAGUUUCUAGGGUUCUAGCCAAUUUUUCAUCUUGAGCCCUUUCAAAUAAUUCAAGAUUGAAAAAUUCCAUAAUAGUAUACCGUGAGAAAACGUCAAAUGAUAUUCUAAGGUAAACUUUGUAGUGUAACCGGGAAAUGUUCAUCCUCAAAGUAUACGCUUAAGGUGUUUGACAAAAGGCAUUAUUAGGCGAAUGUAGUCGCCGACGCCGGCCCCGCGCGCCUCACACGCUUGUAACUAUUCGACAGAGGUAUAUUAUUAUUUAUAAUAUUAGAUAGUCAAAAUUCUUAUAUUCAUAUCAUUAGUUUUAAUUUAGGCGCCAUUUUUAUACAUAAUAUUUUAGUAUGUUAAACUUAUUUUAUAAAACGACUAAAAGUGUUUGAGUUGGCCUAGAAUUUAUUCCCUCUGUUAGAUAUAUUGGAAUUUGAACCAAUGUUAAGUGAAUUAUGCUUGCGUUAGAUGAUUUUUAGACUUUAAAUAUCUAUGAGACACGCUUUAUUAUAUGAAAAAUGCAGGUGCUGUGUAUUGAAUGUUGUAUAACUGACUGCUAAUUAUGUUUUGUAAAUAUUAUAAUAAUAUAUAUGUAUAUGUAACAUAACAAACACACAAUUUGCCUUACCGGUGGCGGGACGCGCGCGGCUCGGCGUUUUGUAUAUAAAGAACAAUAAUAUAUAAUUAACUAUUACAUAGUUUGUUACUUUUGUAAGGAGCGAGUGCGGUAUUGUGUACAUUGAAGUGCGACGCGUGGCGCCCCCGCGCGGGGAACUACAAAGUGCUAUUUUUUUUUUAAUUAGUAUUCUAAUACAUUGUUGUAUUGUCAACUAAGCUUACCAGUCAUGUAUGUAUAGACGAAUACAUAUUAUUAUUUAAUUUAACGCCGAUUUUAGUCAUAAUUAUCCAAAUUUAGUUAAUUAUUAUUUUUAUUGUAUUCUCUAUCUAUUCCUAUAUCACAUUGCUUGUAAGCAUCACACUAUGUGAUCGUUUUGUAUUAUUUGAGUCUGUUAGUGGUUUAUUAUUUAGAUAUUUCAAGAUCCGAGACUUUAGACAAAAAUAGAUGUAUAAAUAUAUAAAAACAUAUUUGAAGUAAUUUUACUGUUUUUGACAAUAACGUCGAUACACAAUGGUACUAAAUUAUUUUGGGAAAAAUUUGACUAGUAUUCUACAUUCAUUUUCAUUUUUAAAUAUAGUUGUAGUAGGGAAUUAUGUUUGGCAUUGUGUACCGAUGUGUACAAUCGUAUCCUCAACACUUUCCUCCUCCCGAACUGACCAAAUUAAUGACAAUAAUUUGUAGACAGCCUAACAAGACUCGCCAUCUUGUCUCCGUACUGUAGGUAUGUUUAAACGGACCACUUAAGAGAGUGCAGCGGUGGUCGUAUAUACUUUAAAAUUAUAUUCAGCUGAAUUUAUUACGCGUGUUAUACGUGUAUAAAGCAUUAUGAUUUGUCAUUUUAUAUUUUGGAAAUUGAAAUUUAAACUCAUGAUAAUAUUGUAACAUGGCAACGAAAUUUAACAGACCGAUAUAUUUGUCAACUUUAUUAGUUGUGUAAGUCCAGUGAUAUUUUUAUAUUUAAGAUAUUUUUUUUGUAAAAAUGUCGGUGUUGUUUGUGAUGAUAAAUAACCACCGUUGUACACUUAUAAAGUCGUAGCAAUACCUGGAAACGAAGCACUAAGGAAUUGAAACGUAAGCUGUAACUAAGCUUGAGUGCAGUAGUUGGUUGGUACUUAAUGUUAGGCGCGUAGCUUUUCGCUGUUGUAGUGCCUCUACCUAAGCCGUGCAAAAGUAAUUUAUUAGACUAAAAUUCAAGACACAACUAUUAAAAUACUUAUAAUAAAUAAGAUGUUCACAUACCGUACAAAUAGCUGCAUCGGCAAGAGGUACAAGUGUAGAGCGUAGGUGCAUCGGUUUCCCCCUUCCAACCUCCCACCACAUGCUAGUUAGACUAAGAGCGUUAUCACUUAUCACCCAUAAUGUCGAGAGUGACAUAUUAUUAAUACUAUAGAAGUACCAAACUCGUAGUUAGCGAUCACGUAUUAUGUAAAUUGUAACUAUUUUUUUUUUAUAUUUUACCAUUGUAUAGUCAUUAUCACCGACAGGUAGCAAUAUCUCGUGCGAGGUGCGACAAGGUGCGGAUGUCCGCGGUCUCGCGGUGCAUCCGAUGCGCUGUUGUUGUUUUCUUUAUUUUUUUGUUAUAUAUUUAAAUAACACAAUCGACUUGUAGUUUUAAUAAUUAUUAUCAUUAAUUAUUAUAUUGUAAUAUAAUCUUAUUAAUGAAAAAAUCAAACUGAAAAUAAAUAAUAGAAAGGAAA